CGUUGUUUGACCUGGUCGAGCCUCUAGCAGACAGACAACAUUAAACAUGGCGACCGUGUGCAGGGCUUUACUUUCUCAAAGACUUAAUUUAAUUUUUACCCAAUCGGUGCGCAAUAGGAGUUAUCGUAAACAUAAAAGGCCCCAUGAAUAUGAGUUCCUUACCAAUCAGCCAGAAAUGUAUCCUGACGCCUACAAGCUUCAAACAGGAAAACUGAAGUACUACCCUCGGGAUCCCAAUUACAAAGAUCCACCAAUUGUUCCGUCAAAGCUGUUUAUGGUAGAGAGAGUCAAACCCAUGAAGGGACAGCCAUGGUGGGAUAAGGAAGUUCUGACCCGACUUGGACUGGAUUCCGACGAAAAAUAUCAUGUUGUCAUUUUAAAGAAUCAUCAGAACAUCUGUGAAGAUCUAUGGAAAGUGAAACAUUUGGUGAAAAUUACGCCUAUCUCUUUUCCCAAUGGAGAACCCACUGAAGAGGAUAUAGAAAGAACACUACUUACAGGUGAUGGCCAAAUGAUUGUGUCAGAUGCAGUGAAACCAGACCCUAAAAGAGUUAAAGGCCAAGAAGAUUUCCUAAAGGACCCACUGAGAUUAGAUGGGAGAACUCUAGGCGAUAAUUCACGUCAGAAAUGGGUUCAAGGGUGGAUACUUUAGACUAUUUUGUUACAAAUUAUGAAAGAAUGUUACUUUAAUAUGUUAAUAAACAUUUACAAAAAUCAUUGCAAUAAUAUCAAGUCAGCUUAUCUUAUCCCCUUUUGUAUUAUUCAUUUAUUUCACUAAAAAAACAAAACUGAAGUGCUCAGGCAAGGGAAUCCAUUAACGGGGAAUGAUACGGCUGAUUCCUAGAGAUGGCCCCUGAGUGAGAGCGAGAGAGAUGUCUGAGAGGGCUCCCACCCACGCCUCGCCAUGUGCCUUGUCCCUCUCGGCGGCGCAGCAUUGUGCUCAUUGUCCCGCCGGGUCUGGUCGAUUUAUUUUAGUUUUGUGCCGGACCAGGGUGGACCCCGUCCCAUCCACACUCGCGAGCGGGACGGAGACAGACAACACUUGGGGGGGAAAUAGCGGGGGGAAGGGGGGGGGGACCCUCGAGACCAGGGAGGGAGGGACGACUCCGCGUCCCGGUCAGUACGCGUGGGGAUCCUCAGCAUUACACAGUCCCACCGCUGAGCUGAGCAUCACAAUCUAGUCAAGAUGAGGCCGUGGCUCGCCCUCCUGCUCGCCCUGCUCGCCCUCAACGUCGUCUUCAUCCAGGCCAUCGACCGGGACGGUGACGGCGACGACGACGACGACCCCAAUGACAAAGAUGGAGACGGCGUACCUGACAACGGUGCUGGUCUCAUGAACCCAUCAUUCCCUCUUCUUCUUCUGUCAACAUUGCCAGUCCUCGCCCUCAGACUGUUUGGAGGCUCAGCAUAAAAUUCUGCCAUCUGCACUACUAUGAAGACCACCCUUCCAUCCUUAAUUUCAUAUGUUGCCAUGGAGGUGCUAAGAACUACCCACUUAUAUGUUGCUUGAGGAGCACAUGACACAAGUCAUUGGUUGUACAUUUACACAUGUGAUAAGAGAGUUUUUUUGUUGUUUUUUAAAAAUAUUUUUGGCUUUUGAUUAAGUAAGAAAUUUUUACAAUCUACAGUGGAACAAAAUAAAACAAAUAGAAAAAUUA